UUUUCAGCGCAAACGUGAAACAACAGCACUGGGCUCACGCACGCCACGCACGUACACUCCACACUCCACGAGCUGUCAGCUCGCCGCUAUACGCCGGCUGGACCUCCCGCGUGGCAGAUGAGCUUUGUGGCCGUUGUUCGGCGUUUCUACGGUGGAAAUCACUCGCUGCCAACCAACGGACUGUCCAAGUGCGUCCGGCCAAUGCCCUGACCUUUUGGAUAAGAAGGAAAUACAUUUACGCUGCACUGCUGACUACUGGUGUUAAACAUCUAUGUGCACAGUAAUUCCCUCUGAGUUGCAAACACAAGGGAAAAUAAAGGAACUCACUGUGACCAACAAGACAGAGAAAGGAAGUGAAUGUCAGAGAUAGGACCUUCAUCCCGGUUCAGGACCCCGACGCAGGACCCCAAACAGGGCGGCAUCCUUGGCUAACAUGACUCAGGAGACAUGCAGCCCGGGCCCCCAGACAGACACGCCCCCUCCAGAGCCCUCCCAGCCCGUGGACCACGGAGGGGUGCCUGGCUCGCUCCAGGAGGGAGGGGGGGCGGUGGAGGGAGGCGCUGGGGCUUCGGUGGAGAACGAUGAGAACGCGAAGCGAGAGAAAGGAAGGAGGCGGGGCGAAGGCAGUCGGUCGCAGCCGAACGGGGAGCGGUGCGGAGGUGCGGGAGGUGCAGGAGGUGCGGGGAGCAGGAGGGCUCGGCCGGACUCAGAGGGAGCGGGCUCAGGGGCGGGAGUGGUCCACGGCGGGGCCACGAGGAACGGGGAGAUCCGACCCGCCAAAAAUGCCCAGGAGCUUCAGGACACUGAGGGGUCCACUCUUCCCCAUUUUCCGCACAGAGUUGCUGAAUGGAAAGAGACCGACGAGGAAGAGGAGGAAGACGAAGCAGGCCGAGCUCAAAGGAGGGAGAACCGUGACCGCUUCAGCUCCACGUUCGAGCGCAUGGUGGAGAGGGCAUCACAGGAGGAGGAAGAGGAGGAGGAGGAAGGGGGGCAGGGCGCACCGAAGAACCGGGACGGGUUCAGCUCCACUUUUGAGCGCGCGGUGGAGUCAGAGCUCGCGCGCGGAGAGUGCUACAGCAGCCUGGACUCGCUGGACGCGCUGUCGCUGGCAGACGAGACGCACAGCUGUGUCAGCGUCCGCGCGCCGCUCACCCCCCUCAUCCAGCAGAGGGCGAUGGAGAGCUGGGACGGGCCCGACCUGCCGGGCCUCGGCACCGUCCUGGAGCAAGAGGGCGCGGUCGCGGCCCCGGAGGCGGAGUCCUGGGAGGCGGGACUGCAAUCGGCGACGGGCGCCAGGAGGCCCCGCAGGGCGUCUCCUGGGAGACGGUGGCGGAAUUCUAUCACCAGCAGCCAAUCGGAGAAUGUGCUGAAUCGCCCCCAGCCCCGAGCACUCCCAAACGGAUUCUGCUCCGACACCCAGGGAUCCCUGGGUACUCCCAGCACCCUCACAAACUCUGCCAGUGAUGCUGACCUCACGGACUCUCUGUCCGACUCCGACUCGGAGCUGGGAAGCCUGGAGCGGCUCGAGCAGGGCAGCACGGACACGCUGGCCAAUGGUUGCCAUGCCAACGGCGAUGCCGCCAAGCGCCUGGCCAAACGGCUCUUCCACUUGGAAGGGUUCAAGCGGUGUGACGUGGCCCGGCACCUGGGCAGGAAUAAUGAGUUCAGCCAGCAGGUGGCGGCAGAGUACCUACACUACUUUGACUUCACCGGCUUGCCUUUGGACAGAGCCCUCAGAGUGUUCCUGAAGGCGUUCCCCCUGACAGGCGAGACCCAGGAGAGAGAGCGGGUCCUCAUACACUUCUCCAGAAGGUUCCGCCAAUGCAACCCGAACUCGAUUAUCUCAGAAGAUGGAGUCCACACACUAACCUGUGCCCUCAUGCUGCUGAACACGGAUCUGCACGGACAUGCGAACGUUGGAAAGAGGAUGUCUAGUCAGCAGUUCAUUAGCAACCUGGAAGGGCUGAACGGUGGCAGCGACUUCCCAAAAGACUUAUUAAAGGCGCUGUACCAUUCAAUCAGAAACGAGAAGCUGGAGUGGGCGGUUGAGGAAGAGGAGCUGAGGAAGUCUCUGUCCGAGCUGGUGGAAGGGCAGCCCGACUCUGGGGGGAAGACGAUGAUGACGAUGACGCGUGUCGUGGAUGGCGGUAACCCCUUCAUCGCCAUCCCGCUGGUGCGCAACGCCGCCACCUACAAGCACGGCGUCCUCACGCGCAAGAGCCACGCCGACAUGGACGGCAAGCGGACCCCUAGAGGGCGCCGCAGCUGGAAGAAGUUCUACGCGGUGCUGAAGGGAACCAUUCUGUACCUGCAGAAGAAUGAGUACAGACCGGAGGAGGAUCCGUCGGAGGGGGAUCUGAAGAACGCAGUGCGCGUGAACCACGCCCUGGCUACCAGAGCCAACGACUACAGCAAGAGGCCGAAUGUGCUCAAGCUCAAGACCUCCGACUGGAGAGUGUAUCUCCUGCAGGCCUCGAACGAGGAGGAAAUGAUGUCAUGGAUCCUGCGAAUUAACCUGGUGGCGGCGCUGUUCUCCGCUCCAGCCUUCCCCGCUGCCAUCAGCUCCAGGAUGAAGUUCUGCAGACCGCUGCUUCCCUCCACCGCCACCCGACUGACCCAGGAAGAGCAGCUGACCUCUCAUGAGAACAAGCUGAAAGAGAUCCUGCUGGAGCUAGAGGAAACUGACAAGGGACUGCUGGACCUCUCCGGCAAGGCCAAGGAGUCCGAGGAGCAGUGGCUGAAGAAGCACUAUCUGGCCUUCGAAAAGAGUCGAUACGAGACGUACGUGGCGCUGCUGCGGGCCAAACUGCGGCUGGGGCACGAGGACCUGGGGACGCUGGAGGCCAGCUUUUUUGGCAGGGAGGGAGGCGCGACACACCUGCGCAAGACCCAGUCCAGCCCCUCCAUCAGCCACGGCCGCUGGGUCAACGGACGGACAGAGGCCACGCCCACGCCGGGCCAGCGGCCCUGACGCCCCGCCCCUUAACCGAAGCAGCUCGGGAGGCGUAAGGGUCGCCCGGGCGACCAAACGGCUUGUUAAAGAGUUGUGCUGCAGAAACAGAGGGAAGGGUGUAACCGUUUUUCUGUUUUACGACGCGCUGCAAAUUCCACGACUGGAAAGAGCAGUGCUCCUGUUCCCCUGUCGUACCCCACCUGGCUCUUCCGAUAUGACACUACUGCAAAAAGAAACAGAAAAGACUGAAUCACAGAAGCAGUUUCAUGCAUUCAUACUUGGAAACAUUCUCCCUUCUUUUGUGUGGCUUUGGGAGCCCCCCAGUGUCUGAAGUAUUUGAGCAAUGGUGUAAUGUUUUGUUAUGUAAAAUUUUUUUCAUGAAGUUUCCCUAAAAGGGAAAAAACAGUAUGAUUUUUUCCCAGUGACUGUGUUACAACAGAACCGUUAUUUAUUUACAUGGUAUGCAGACUCUUACAUUUUUAUAAACUGUUUUCCCUGUUUUUACAGCCAGAGCGGUAUUCAGGUUAAGCACUUUGUUCAAAGAAACAAUGACAGUGCCCUACUUGGGAAAUAAUCUGCCUUAUUGUUAUAAACCCUGCUCCUUAUAUUACUACACCAUACUGUCAAUUUUGUUGCACUUUAUGUUCAUGUUUUAUAUAUUUUUACACACAUACAUACACACACAAACAUAUAUAAACAAUUCAAAAUGUUUUUUUAUUUAUCUUUUUGUCUAUUUAGAGAAUAAGGUUGUACAUACAGUAUUACAAUCGACAAUAUCAGAGAACUGCCUAGAUUAGAUCAAUUUGAAGGGCAUUGAUUAUCCAGUGUAUGCAUUUUUAUGGAAUGUUAAAUAUUGAGAAUGGUGAACUCUAAUGUAUGUGGAAACUAAAUGUAUGACCUUUGACCUUCAUACUCUAAUACCACAGAUUGUAUAGAGUAACCAGAUACUCAGGUGCUGCAUUCAUUCCAUCAUCUGUAUUUCUUAAUGACAGUUAUCAAAUGGUAAUAAGAGUUGUCAGUGCUAUUUUAUAUUACAGAACAUCCAGUGAUAUCUGGUGAGUCUAAAUGAUCUGUGCUUAUAUAUUACUUUUCCACUGUUGGAACAAUUCUGAGCCAUUAGAGAACAUAAUUAUAGGUACAGUGUUGUGAAGUACUUGGCCCCUUUCUGAUUUCGUCUUACUGCAUAUUUGUCAUACUGAAUAGUUUCAGAUCUUUAGACAAAAUAUAAUAUUAGACAAAGGAAACCUAAUUAAAGGAAAAAUUCAUUUUUAAAUUAUAUCAUUUAUUUAAUGGGAAAAAGUUAAUUAAACAGUCAUAUCACCCAUGUGAAAAAGUAAUCGCUCCCUUGUAUUAAUAUCUGGUUGCAGAAAUAACUGCAACCAAACACUUCCUAUAAUUUGAUAGCAGUUUUCAGAGAAUAGUUUUAGCUCACUAUUCUUUGCGGAACUGCUUUAAUUCAGACAAAUUGGUUUUCGAGCAUGAACUACUUGUUUCAAAUCCUGCUGCAGCAUCUCUAUUGGGUUAAAGUCAGGGCUUUGACUGGGCCUGUAAGGGUAACACCAAUAGCCGGAGGCAAACAAAACAUGGCGAAACAGCAGUUUUUUUUUAUUUAUUUUUUUUAAACAGUGCCAGUUCCCAAAUAAGUGCAAAAUAUAUACAGUGAAUAAAAAUACUAGAAAAUAAAAACUACCUAACAGAAGGAAAAAUACAGAAAUAAGAAUUGCAGUACUUUACACAUUUGGCUAUACCUUGUGGCCCAAAGUCUGCUAUGCAUGUUUAAUCCAGACUGCCAGGAGGAACUGUGAACUCAGUGCUUUAUACAAGUAGCUCCUCCCCUGGCAUGAACCACCAUAAAUUAAAUCAAUUAUCUUAGAACAGCCAAACUACAAUAAAUGAACAAUACAGAAAACAUGAAACCAAUUACAUAAAUAAUCUAUAACCUAAGAAAAGAAAAUAAAGGCACUCGAAAUGAUCUAUAUGCAAAUUAUAAAUAAAUAAAAAACUUCCCCCCUGUAACCUGAUACUGCAGUGGUAGCUGCCAUCUACCCCCGUCUACAUUAGGUUGGUUUGUUCUCUUGCUCCGUUGGGCAGUGCAAGGAGCUGAGACACGGAAGUGAGUACGUUUAACAUGGUUUUAACGGUCAGUGAAAAUAGCUGCGAUGCGUUAUUCAACCAAAACAUUUAAACAGAAACAUUUACACGCUAGACAUUUAACACACGAAUACAUGACAAUUUUCCCCCAUAAGGAAUAAACCGACAUUUUGGGAAAACAGUUUCGCUGUCUUUAAUAAAACGAAUAACAUGGUUUACAGGCUCGUCACGGAAUCAGCCCGUGACAAGGCCACUCCAAAACUUUAAUUUUGUUUUCCGCCAUUCAGAUGUGGACUUGCUUUUGUGUUUUCUAUCAUUCUCUUGCUGUAUAACCCAGUUGUGCUUCAGCUUGAAGCUCAUGGUCAGAUGACCAGACAUUCUCCUUAAGAAUUUUCGGGUUCAGAGCAGAAUUCAUGGUUCCUUCAGUAAUGGCAAGUCGUCAAUGUCAUGAGGCAGCAAAGCAUCCCCACACAAUCACACUACCGCCACCAUUGACUGUUGGUAUGGCUUUCUUACUGUGAAUUUCUGUAUUUACUUUCCAUCCAAUAUAAUGAGAUACGUUGUCCAAAAGGUUCCACUUUUGACUCAUCUGUCCAUGGAACAUUAUUCCAAAAGCUCUGGGAUCAUCCAGGUGCUUUUUUGCAAAUGUAAGGCAAGCAUUGAUGUUUGGUUAGCAGUGGCUUCCACCUUGCUUUUCUCCUAUGAAUCCCACUUUUGCCCAGUCUUUUCCUUAUUGCGAAGCCAUGAACACUGACCUUAGCUGAGGCUAGAGAGGCCUGCAGUUCUUUAGAUUGUCUUCUGGAAUCUUUUAUGACUUCCUGGAAGAGCUCUCGCUGCACUCUUGUAAUUUUGGCAGGCCAGCCUUCUGAAGAUUCACCAAGUGUUCUACAUUUGGAGAUAAUGGCUCUCUGUGGUUCAGGGGAGUUUCAGAGCCUGGAAACCCUUUCCAGAAUGAUAUAUUACAACAGCUUUCAAAACUAUUGACAUGCAUAUGAAUAAUAUUUGGUGAAGACUCCCCUGGAGAGGAUAGCAACACUGAUACCUCUUCCAGUAAUGCAUGACGAGGUUGGAGAAUAUAUCGGAGGGAACUUGGACUAUUCCUCUAUUCAGGAAAUUUCAAGAUCCUUGAUAUUCUUUGGUUUGUGCCUGUGGACUGCCCAAUCAAACUGCUUCAAUUCAGACCACAGAUUUUCAAUAGGGCUCAAACCUAGAGACUGAGUUGACCAUUGAAUAACAUUGAUUUUGUGUUGCUGCAACCAUUUCCUUGUUGAUUCUGAUGUAUGUCUGGGGUCAUUGUCUUUUUGAAAGGUCCAUCUAUGGCCAAGUCUCGACUUCCUGGCUGAGGCAACCAUAUUUUUGGCUAAAAUAUCCUGGUACAUGGCGGAAUUCAUUAUGCCAUCCAUCUUAACAAGAGCCCCUGCACCACAAGCAGCAAAACAGCCCCAAAGCUUCAAUGGUCCACCACUAUAUUUUACUGUGGGUAUCAGGUGGAUUUCCUUGUAUGCAGUUGUCUUUUAUUGUCAGUCAUGCUGAUGGUGUGCAUGGCCAAAAAGUUCAGCUUUGGUCGCAUCUGACCUCAACACACAAUUGUAGUUCCAGUGAUGCUUGGGAAAGUUCAGUCUGUGGUUUGCUCUCAGUAAAGCCUUCUUUCAUGCAACUCUUCCGAAGAGCUUGUCAGUACAGAGGUGGCAGUUGAUUCUGAAAUUUAAUAACCCCAAGAUUCUACUAAAGUUCUGAAACUGUGAUCCUUGGGUUCUUCUUUGUCUCUCUCACCAUCUUCCUCACUGAAUGUGGGGACAGGGUGCACGUGUGUACUGUUCUGGGCAAAUCUGCAACUGUUCCAGACUUCAGAAACAUUAUUAUUAUUGCUCUGAUUGCACUCAGUGGUAUUUUCAAUUGUUUAUGCAUUGUUUAUACCCAUUACCUGAUUUAUGUAGGAAAACAAUAAUCUGUUUCACUCUAGUGAAACAGGAAAUGGUGAAAGGCAGCAAUACAGUUUCCAGAGACUGAGAUCAAUUUAAAAAAUAAAAUUUAAUCACAGAUACCACUUAUUUUGGUUUCAUUUUAAAUGUCAUUUAGGGGUACCAAUAAUUUUGAUCCCUAUGUUUCUGAGAAAAAUACUGUGAGGAUAAUUUUUAUUAGAGUGAAAGUAAAUUUUACCCAGAUGUUUAAUCAGAAAUUUUUAAUGUUUAUGUGUACUGUUUAUUUUAUAUAAUGAAUCAUUUUACUCAUUUUCAUGGAGUGACAAUAAUUCGGCAUUGACUGUAAACUCAAAAAUGUUUUUUUUUUUUUUUUAAAUUUUUUGCAACACCCUGGUCGGGGUUGAUUAUCAAGUGUUAUGUCCUAUUCGAGUUAGCAAUAAUAGAACACAGAAGGUAAAUCACUUACCUAUAUAUUUCCUCUCUUGACCUGAUUAUCACAUGACCAUUUUAAAAUAUAGGCGAUUUAAAUACUCUACAACGAAUUGGUAUUGUAGGAAGGUGUUUGAAUUCAGAACAAAACAUAAAUAUUUUAAUAGAUUGCCUGUGGUUUAUAAGAAUUUACGAGGCUACUUAUAACUCAGGAAAAAAUAUAUUGUACCAUUUGUGAUGGGGAAUCUGCUGGUGCUUUCCGAUGUAGAAUUAUUUUACUACUGUCGAGCUGUUUAUCGCGAAAAAUGACGCACUCGACAAUUUAAAACAAUCUGCUGUUCAACAUUUGUUCAUAAAUAGAACAGUAUUUACAUUUAUACGGAGCUUUUUGCAAGAUAAAUCAACGUGAUCCCUUUCAUUUGUAUAGUUUCUGUAAUAUCCUUGUAUUCGUGUUGUGUUUCAAAAUGGAAAAGUAGGUCAUGCGCAUAUCAGACUCUAUCUGAAGUUGUGAAUUUGUAAUAGCAGCAAUACAACUAAUUGUUAACAUGGUUCCAUUUUGGUCCCUUUAUCGUUCGAUAUCCCAGUGGCUAUUCAAGAAGACGGUUAACUUUCGAAUUUGCCGUUUAAAAUGAAUAAAUACAUAUUAACACAUUGAAAUACCAUUCUACGCAGGUUUGAAUUAAAAUACAUUACAAUACAGCGCCCACACAAAUUGGACCCUGGAGGCACGACACUGCUGAAUUAUGCGCGCGCUCAUUCAAUACCCAACGAUCUACUUUCUUCCAUUUAGGUGGAGCAGGAAUCUACUCAAGUUUAAUUUGACUGAUGCAAACACCGAAAUAACACAUGUCCACUGUUUAACACGUUUCAGCGUUUACGGGAGUUUUAAUGUUUUCUUCAGAACCUUGGACAGUUCCAAAUAUUGACAUCAUCUGCCAAGAAUAAAUCCACUGGGGAUGGAUGAGACAAAAUCAAAGCCCCGUGCUAUUUUGUUCACUUUUCAUUUGACUUGCAUUGAAAUCAAAUCUGUUUAAAUCAAUUACUUUUCCUGCUGUGUUGGUCCUACUGUGGUGUUGCUGUGAGCAUUUCAGGAUCAACUGCCACAGUAUCCAUUUUCUGACAACGUUUUUUUCUCCCAGAAUUGUACAGUAGUAGGGUAUGUUACCGGAUGAAGGUUCUGAAUUAAAUGGCCCCUCUUAGCCCGCCAACCCCUGUAUCACAAUCACACUCAAAAGUAGCACCUUUAGGAUAAACUAAAUAUGCCUGCCUCCCUCUCUUGUCAGGUUAAUCCUCACCAUUUUGUUUUGGAAUUUUUGAAUUUUUAAGAGACCAUAUCCAUGUUAAAUCCAUUUUGUUUUCCGUUAUGGCAUCUUUUGUUAGGAAUGGUCAAAUGUUUUGACUGGUUUAAAAUGCUUUUUAGGCAAGUCCCCAGAUUCUAACUAAACUCGAUACUCUAAUUCAAAAAGCUCAUACGGUCCUUAACUUAAAUUUGACCAACACAUUCACAAGUGUUGCUUUGUGUUGCUUUCUUUUGAUGCUGAAAUGAAUGAAAAAAAAGUUGUAUUCACCAAUUUAUUUGUAAAUGAAAGCACAUUGUGUACAAUCUUUUCUUCACGUAACAUAUUGUACAACAGUCUUUAUUGAACUUUCUUCGAAUGAGACAAGAAAAUGUAAAAAGUUUUUAUUAUUGUAAUCAUAAAUCCUUUUCAGACAAAAGAUAUUUGCAAAAAAAAAAAAAAACCAAAAAAAAAAAAACAAACACUGGGAGCCAUCAGAGGGCGUUGGAUAAGAGGGUACUGUAUGUCUAAGCAAAAUAUUCUCACACACACACACACACACACACAAAUGUAUGCAUGCAUGCACAUCCAUGUACACACAAAUACUGUACCAGCAUGCACAUGCAGACACAAUAACAUGAAUUUGAAGAGUUCGCAGAAAAUUGAGGAAUGAUUGAGGUUGCCAAAAUGUAUUUACCUCUAACCUUCUGUUCCCAUGUCCUUGUCAUGUCAUAACCAUCUCAGCAAAAGUUUUCAAAGUUAAAAAAAAAAAAA